CUGAGACCUGGUAGCCAGGAAGAGAUAUUGUCCCCAGUCCCCUGCCUGCCACCUCCUGCUCUUUCCUUCACUGGAAAGGGAUCCAUUCGCUUGGCUUUGAGAGUUUGUGGUAGAGAAACUUAAGACAAUUUUUUUUAAUCUAUUCUUUUCUUGAGGAUUUCCCUCCUGGCAGGAACUCAGGUUUCUCUCAUGGGACAGUGUAAUCAGAGGGUGCUUUCCUUGCUCUUCAGAGGGGAGAAUGAGCUGGAGUAAAUUUGGUUUCUCUUGUCUUCAGUUCUUCCCCGUAAACAGACAAUAGGUGUUACCUCUGCCCGAGGUUUGUGGGAGGGUUUCUCGGCUGCCACUGUUGAUAACCUGAGACCAUAUACUGUGCACUGUGGGAUGUUUAACAGCAUCCCUGGCCUCUGCACGCUGGAUGCCAGUAGCAGUUCUCCACCAAAAGUGCCUCCAGAUGUUGCCACACAACCCCUGGGGGGCAGGAUUGCCCCGGGUUGAGAACCUCCAGCUUUGAGGAGGCACAUGGACAAGACACAGACCUGUGUGGAGCUCUGGAACCGGGCGGUGUGCUGCUCGCAGUCUGAGGAGGGGCCAGGCACCCAUCAGCUCCUGUGACCCUGUCCUCCUGGGGCUGGGCCCACCCAUACACUUGACCUUUCUCACCAGCUCCUCCUGUGCAUCCUUUUGCCUGACUGCCUCUCUCUCGCCUCUGCAGUUUCCCUGCUUCUCACACCGGGAGCCAGCCACUCUUCCUCAGUUUGCUGCUCAGGACGGAAAGGCGCCAGCUGGAAGAGGAAAGCACCCUUUCUGUGCCACUCCCUGGAAGGGUGGGAGGAGUUGUGGAGCCUUGGAGUUGAUGGGAACUGUGGAGGAACCCCGGUCCAGCCACACCCCCAGCCACUGAGGGAAGCCCUCACCCGGCUCCCUGAGAACCUGCCCACCAGCCUCUGCUGGGAACCACCAGGGAUGAGCCACCUCCUGAGAGCCUCCUCUGCUGUUCCUUAGCCGGACAGGUCGCUGCCGCCGCGGCUGCUUGUGUCAGCCUCAGUAACUGACCUUGUUUCUACUUUAUGGAUCUUUCCCAGAUGUGAAGGUCCCUCCCUGGGCACCACUCUAGACUAACGUCCAGUUGUUUGGGGACCCUCGUUCACUCCAGCACAGGCCCUUGCCUGGAGAGAGCCCGGCCCUUGCCCUACCUGCUUCCCUGGGCAAGGCUGCCAGGUCUUCCCACGUGACUCUGGUUAACUCAUGGUGUGAGUGGCACGUGGCCGGCUUAGGGGAGUCCUCGUAGAGCCCAUUACUGUGCCUGUGUAGGUGGGGACCUAUUCCCCAUCCUCUUGGCUUCUCCGGGUGUGCUGUCUCCAAGGCCCAGUGUCCCCCACGCCUCCACAGGUGUUUGGAGAGUGAACGCCAGGUACCCCUCCCCUGCACAUCUCCUCUGACCUCUCAGAUACGCCCAGUUCCACAAUGGCAGCAGAGACCCUCAACUUUGGGCCCGAGUGGCUGAGGGCCCUCUCUAGUGGUGGCAGUGUAGCCUCCCCACCCCCAUCCCCCGCCAUGCCCAAAUACAAGCUGGCCGACUACCGCUACGGGCGAGAGGAGAUGCUGGCUCUCUAUGUCAAGGAGAGCAAGGUCCCCGACGAGCUGCAGGACAAGGAGUUCGCCGCGGUGCUACAGGAGGAGCCUCUGCAGCCCCUGGCGCUGGAGCCACUGACGGAGGAGGAGCAGAGAAACUUCUCCCUGUCAGUGAACAGUGUGGCUGUGCUGAGGCUGAUGGGGAAGGGGGCCGGCCCCCCCCUUGGUGGCACCUCCCGUGGCAGGGGCAGCACUCGAAGCCGAGGCCGCGGUCGUGGUGACACUUGCUUUUACCAAAGAAGCAUUGAAGAAAGCGACGGGACCUUUGGCCGAAACCCCCGGGAGAUCCAGCGUAGCCAGAGUUGGGAUGACAGAGGCGAGAGGCGGUUUGAGAAGUCAGCCAGGAGGGAUGGAGCACGAUCCGGGUUUGAGGAGGGAGGGGCUGGCCCGAGGAAGGAGCAUGCCCGCUCAGAUAGCGAGAACUGGCGUUCUCUCCGAGAGGAGCAAGAGGAAGAGGAGGAGGGCAGCUGGAGACUUGGGGCAGGACCCCGACGAGAUGGCGACCGCUGGCGCUCAGCCAGCCCUGAUGGCGGCCCCCGCUCUGCUGGCUGGCGGGAACAUGGGGACCGGCGUCGCAAGUUUGACUUUGAUUUGCGAGGGGAUCGAGGAGGGUGUGGUGAAGAGGAGGGGCGGGGUGGGGGAGGCAGCUCUCACCUCCGGAGGUGCCGAGGGGCUGACGGCUUUGAUGACGACAAGGAUGGGCUCCCAGAGUGGUGCCUGGACGAUGAGGAUGAAGAAAUGGGCACCUUUGAUGCCUCCGGGGCCUUCUUGCCUCUCAAGAAGGGCCCCAAGGAGCCCAUUCCCGAGGAGCAGGAGCUCGACUUCCAGGGUCUGGAGGAAGAGGAGGAAGAGCCUUCCGAAGGGCUGGACGAGGAAGGGCCCGAGGCAGGAGGGAAGGAACUGACCCCACUGCCUCCUCAAGAGGAGAAGUCCAGCUCCCCAUCCCCACUGCCUACCUUGGGCCCACUCUGGGGAGCUCAUGGGGAAGGUGAUGACGCUGUGGAGAGAGACCUGCCGGCAGCUGAAGGAGAUGACAUGAGGGGAAUGCAGCUGAGUCCUGGGGUGGGCUCACCCCCUGGCCCACCGGGAGAUCUGGAAGAUGAUGAAGGCUUGAAGCACCUGCAGCAGGAGGCGGAGAAGCUCGUGGCCUCCCUGCAGGACAGCUCUCUGGAGGAGGAGCAGUUCACAGCUGCCAUACAGGCCCAGGGCCUGCGCCACUCUGCAGCUGCCACUGCCCUCCCCCUCAGCCACGGCGCAGCCCGGAAGUGGUUCUACAAGGACCCGCAGGGGGAGAUCCAAGGCCCCUUCACGACCCAAGAGAUGGCAGAGUGGUUCCAGGCAGGCUACUUCUCCAUGGCCCUGCUGGUGAAGCGGGGCUGUGAUGAGGGCUUCCAGCCACUGGGUGAGGUGAUCAAGAUGUGGGGUCGUGUGCCCUUUGCCCCAGGGCCCUCACCACCCCCACUGCUGGGAAACAUGGACCAGGAGCGGCUGAAGAAGCAGCAAGAGCUGGCGGCAGCCGCCUUGUACCAGCAGCUGCAACACCAGCAGUUUCUUCAGCUGGUCAGCAGUCGCCAGCUCCCGCAGUGCGCACUCCGGGAAAAGGCAGCUCUGGGGGAUGUGCCGCCGCCGCCGCCGCCGCAGCAGCUCGCCGCGUUCCUGCAGCAGCUCCAAGCUCUCAAAGCCCCCAGGGGUGGGGACCAGAAUCUGCUCCCGACGAUGAACCGGUCUUUGUCGGUGCCAGACUCGGGCCCUCUCUGGGACAUACAUACCUCAGCCUCAUCACAGUCAGGCGGUGAGGCCAGUCUUUGGGACAUACCAAUUAACUCUUCGACUCAGGGUCCAAUUCUAGAACAACUCCAGCUGCAACAUAAAUUCCAGGAACGCAGAGAAGUGGAGCUCAGGGCGAAGCGGGAGGAGGAGGAGCGAAAGCGCCGGGAGGAGAAGCGCCGCCAGCAGCAGCAGCAGCAGGAGGAAGAGGAGCUGUUUCGGCGCAAGCAGGUGCGGCAGCAGGAGCUGCUGCUGAAGCUGCUGCAGCAGCAGCAGGCGGUGGCCGCUGUCCCUGUGCCUCCUGCGCCCAGUUCCCCGCCCCCACUGUGGGCCGGCCUGGCCAAGCAGGGACUGUCCAUGAAGACGCUGCUGGAGCUGCAGCUGGAGGGGGAGCGGCAGAUGCACAAGCAGCCCCCGCCUCGGGAGCCAUCUCGGGCCCAGGCCCCCAACCACCGUGUGCUCGGGGGCCUGGGUGCCGCCCCCCUGAACCAGUGGGUAUCUGAGGCUGGGCCGCUGUGGGGCGGGCCCGACAAGAGUGGGGGCAGCAGCAGCCUGGGACUCUGGGAGGACACCCUCAAGAGCAGCGGGAGCCUGGCCCGCAGCCUGGGCCUGAAGAAUAGCCGCAGCAGCCCCUCUCUCAGUGACUCGUACAGUCACCUGUCAGGUCGGCCUGUGCGCAAAAAGACAGAGGAGGAAGAGAAGCUGUUGAAGCUGCUGCAGGGCAUCCCUCGGCCCCAGGAUGGCUUCACCCAGUGGUGUGAGCAGAUGCUGCACACGCUGAGUACCACAGGCAGCCUGGACGUUCCCAUGGCUGUAGCAAUCCUCAAGGAGGUGGAAUCCCCCUACGAUGUCCACGACUAUAUCCGUUCCUGCCUGGGGGACACGCUGGAAGCCAAAGAAUUUGCCAAACAAUUCCUGGAGCGGAGGGCCAAGCAGAAGGCCAGCCAGCAACGGCAGCAGCAGCAGCAGGAGGCUUGGCUGAGCAGCAGCUCCCUGCAGACGGCCUUUCAGACCAACCACAGCACCAAACUCGGCCCUGGGGAGGGCAGCAAGGCCAAGAGGCGGGCACUGAUGCUGCACUCGGACCCCAGCAUCUUGGGGUACUCCCUGCAUGGACCUUCUGGUGAGAUCGAGAGCGUGGAUGACUACUGACCAGCCCGUCCCACCAGCGCCCCAGGUUAUAGGCCGAGGGCAGCGGCAGCAGCUUGGACCUCUGGGUCCCCAGCCUGCAGGCUCCCCACGAGGAGCAUAGGAGGAAGCAGGGGCAGGGUCCCCAGCACUUGUUACAAACCACACGAUGCACCUUAACUCACCCACCACGAGGCACUUUACAGAUUGGGGGAAAGGGUUUUUUUUUUCUUUCUUUUUUAAAAAUUUUAAACAACAUUGAAGAAAACAUUAGGAGAUGAAAAAAUUGUUUAAGAACUAGACUCUAAGCACCCCUUUCCCUUUUGGGGAUAGUAGGAGUGCAAUGGAAGAUCCACAGAGGUUUUUUGGGGGUUUUUGUUGGUAUUUUUUUUUGUAAUUUUUUUUUUUAA